AUGGCGGACAGCUUCAAGAAUGCCAUGAUCAACCGGGCGUUGGGCGACAUCAAGAACAACCUCCAAUUUCUCGUCGAAUCCAACGUCCUCACCACUGCGCAACACGAUGCGAUUGCUGCCCAGCUGCCCGUCUCAGCCGAGAACAAUAACCGCAUGCUUCCCGCCGCCGUACCGACUCAGCAACUCGCGCAGAUGAACAUCCAGAGCCAGCCCACGCCGCCACCAGAGAAGAAGGCGGCCAACAUUGGCUACUACGCCGACGCGCCUGCCAACGCGCCGCCGCCAGCCUACCCCUCUGUUCCCGCCGCCCCCGCAGGGCCCCCCGUUGUGUGCUACGCCUCAGCCAUGUACCAGUACAAUGCCCAGGACGCCGGCGACCUGGCCCUCAUGCCCAACGACAAGAUCGCCGUCACCGAGUACAUGAACAACGAGUGGUGGAAGGGCCGCAACGAGCGCACAGGCAUGGACGGCAUCUUCCCUGCCAGCUACGUGCGCAAGGAGGAAAAGAGCGUCAUGCCAGCUUACACGCCCGCUGCUCCUGCUCCCUCCAACUACGGCAACAUGCCCCUCGACGUUGCCUCUAGCGCCCAGGCCCCGUCCGCCGAGCCCAGCAAGGUCGAGACGCAGGGCAAGAAGUUUGGCAAGAAGCUGGGUAACGCGGCUAUCUUUGGUGCAGGUGCGACAAUUGGAAGCAAAAUCGUCAAUGGCAUCUUUUAA